UCUGAUAAUGGUGGCCAAGUAGACUACGAUAGACUUUCGAGAAAACAGCCAUGAGUUCUGAAAUAGAGCCCCAUAUUACCAAAAAGUAUGAAAUCAAGAAACGGUUAGGAAAAGGGGCCUAUGGUAUUGUUUGGAAGGCAGUGGACAGAAGAACUGGAGAAGUUGUGGCUGUGAAGAAAAUUUUUGAUGCCUUUAGAAAUCAAACAGAUGCACAGAGAACAUUCCGAGAGAUUAUGUUUCUUCAAGAAUUUGGAGACCACAACAACAUUAUAAAAUUACACAAUGUGAUCAAAGCAGAAAAUGACAGGGAUAUCUAUCUGGUCUUUGAAUUUAUGGAGACUGAUCUUCACAAUGUCAUAAAAAGAGGGAGCAUUCUGAAGGACGUCCACAAACGCUACAUUAUGUAUCAGCUGUUCAAAGCCACCAAGUACCUCCAUUCUGGCAAUGUCAUACAUAGAGACCAAAAGCCCUCCAAUAUUUUACUGGACAGUGAAUGUGUUGUUAAAGUCUGUGAUUUUGGACUUGCUCGCUCCCUGACUCAGAUCGGUGUAGAUGCCGAGACGGGAGACCCAAACCUGACAGAAUACGUGGCCACUAGGUGGUACCGUGCCCCAGAAAUUCUACUGGCUUCUCACAGGUACACAAAGGGUGUGGACAUGUGGUCCUUAGGUUGUAUCCUUGGGGAAAUGUUGGGAGGGAAACCCCUUUUCCCUGGAUCCUCUACCUUGAACCAGAUUGAGAAAAUAAUGAGUACAAUUCCUUUGCCAUCUAAAGAAGACAUUGACAGUAUCAAGUCAGCUUAUGGUGCUUCUAUACUAGAAAAAGCUACACUUAAGUCUAAGAAAUCAUUAGAAGAGCUUUUACCAGAUGCCCCUAAAGAUGGCAUUGACCUACUUAAGAGACUGCUCCUGUUUAAUCCAGACAAGAGGAUUACUGCUGAUGAGGCCCUAAGACAUCCAUAUAUCUCCAGGUUCCACAAUGCUGCCGAGGAGAUCUCCCUGAAUUAUGAUGUUGUUCCACCACUGAGUGAUGACGUUCAGCUGACAGUUGAGGAGUACAGAAACAAAUUAUAUGAGAUGAUAAUUCAGAAGAAACAGGAGAGAAGGCGAAGGCGACAUGAGAUCCGCAGUGCACAGCAAUUGAGGGAGUCAAGCCCUGAGGAAAAUCCUCCUCCCAGUGAACCAUUCCAGAAAGAAAACACAAUGCCUGCAAAGUUUUCAUCUACAAAGUACAACAAGCCUGUGGCAGAGGUGCAUCCCAGCUCAGCACCCCACCAUCAGUCCUCCUUCACUUCAGCUUUUGGAAGGACAACACACACUGACUCAAAGGAUAUGAGGUCAAGGCAACAGAGCCGACAGAAGACGUAUGAUCAGAUUCCUGCCUCACAUUCCAGUACUGCCGCAAUGCAGUUGUAUGACAUUUUUGUUCGGGCACAAAAUCCAAGACUUCAAACAAACCCAUUCCUAUUGGGUAGAAACCAGAUGCAGGAUCCUUAUCCUCCCAUUUCAAAGAACCGACAAACAUCUGCCCCCGCAGCCACCAGAGCUGGAUCGCGACCCACCUCAAAAUAUGGCAAUCAGCCAUCCAUGACAAAGGAUGAUCGAGGAGGAUUAUCAGUGACCAGCUCUCGACUGGUACCAGGACAACGGCCAGUAUCUGCUACAACCCAGAAACAGAAACCAAUCUAUGGAAAAAAGCAGUUCAACAAUGCAAUAAACAACCCCUCCCAUGGUGCCCCCAAAGCUUACUUUGGAAGCUACACCCAGAAUGUUGGAGUAAUCUCCUCCUCGGGACUAGCUGCUUUGCAGGGUGGGAAAAAAUCUUGAUGGUCUUCUGCAGAGUAUGCCAUCUCCAUGGAAACUUAUCUGCUGUGUACUUACUAUCUGGCCAAUCAAAAUUUCAGUUCAUCAGGUUUUGAGAUUUUCUGUUAGCUUGUCUAGUUUAGAUGACAUUAAGAAAUAAGACUUGGUAAUUAGAAUUGUUAAGUUAGUAAAAUACAUUUUCUGGAAAAUUUUCGUUUGUAUAAAGUUUAUGUUCAAUAUCAAGACAUGGCCACAGGAAAUCAGAAAUUUUCUUUUAAUAUUCUAAACAAGAAACAUUACAGAGAUGAUCUUGGAGUGGAAUACAUUGUCCAUGUAUACUCAAAUUGCCAUAAAGAAGUUUAAUCAGUUUGGAUGGUACAUCAAUAUUUUGCAUUUAAUGAUCUCUUUAAAUGUUUCUGAAACCAAUUUUCUCACCCCAUUGCACCAUACCCCCCUUUACUCCUUGCUCUUUGCAUAAAAUAUUUUCUGUAGUUAACCAUAUAUAACCUUGCAGUAGUUGGGUUCAUUUUCAAUAUCUUGUUGUAUAAAAAGAUUAUUACUCUAAUUACAUGUUUUAAGUACUUAGAGUGACUUAGUGGGAUUGUUUCUUCUUAAUCUUCGUAGUUGACGAAAUCUUUUGUGGGUCUUAAUAAGAUCUACAUCAAUGAAAUUAAAUUUUCUUGAUUUUUUCCCCUAUUUCCAAUGUAAAAUAAAAAGUCU